AUGACAAUCCAAUUGAAUAGCGUUAUGACAUACAUCAAUGCUGCUGUCAAAGCUUUCAACAAUCUUGUGCAAGUUUGGCCUACGGCGAAUAUCAAUUCAACUGCCGCUGUUCCCGACGCUGUUGCCGAAUACAAACGGAAGUUCAAUAUCGUACUCAACGUCAAACGAUUCAGCGACUGUGUAACCUGGUUCACAUGCAAACAUUACGGUGAAUGUAGAAUCCGUAAGAGUGUUGCCGACAAUGGACCCAUCAAGAACAAGGAAAGCUCAGGCCAGCUUUUUUAUCAAGCACAAAUCAAGUCAGAAGAUUGGUUGCAAAUGGCUUCUGAUUAG